UCACCAGUUUCUCAGGGUGACCAAGAGGUCCCCUUGCUGUGUGGGGCCACAUCUCAUGCUGACAGUCACGAGGGCCACCGUGGCAGUUUCUGUAACAGAGUAACAUUCAGUAGGCACGUACUUAGAUGUCUCUCGUUUGGUUCCAAAGUGUUGUUCAGGUCAAUCAGCCUAGUGGGGGGUCCUAUAAAAGCCCAACCCCUGCAUCACCACCAGUGAUUUAUGAUUGAGACUUUGUUUCUGGCCUGUUGCUGGCAAAAACUUAGCCAUUCUCGCUAUGAAAAACACUAGAAUUUCUAUCAAUUCUGCUUUUUUCCUUUAUAGGCUAACGCUGCUUUACUCCACCACCAUAUUCCUGGCCAGAGAGGCCUUCCGCAGGGCAUGUCUGAGUGGAAGUGCCCAGCGAGACUGGAGUCAAACCCUCAACCUCCUGUGGCUAAGUGUCCCCCUGGGUGUGUUUUGGUCCUUUUUCCUGGGCUGGGUCUGGUUACAGUUGCUCGAGGUGCCUAAUUCUAAUGUCGUCCCCCAUUAUGGAACUGGAGUGGUGGUGUUCGGUCUCUCAGCAGUGGUGGAACUUCUGGGAGAGCCCUUCUGGGUCUUGGCACAAGCACAUAUGUUUGUCAAACUGAAGGUGAUUGCUGAGAGCCUGUCAGUGAUCCUCAAGAGUUUCCUGACAGCUUUUCUUGUGCUAUGGUUGCCUCACUGGGGACUCUACAUUUUCUCUCUGGCCCAGCUUUUCUAUACUGCAGUUCUUGUGCUUUGCUAUGUUAUUUAUUUCACAAAGUUACUGGGUUCUUCACAGUCAGCCAAGCAGCAGACUCUUCCUGUCUCCAGAAUGAUGGAUCUGUUACCCAGUGUUACAAGAGGUAGAGCUUUUGUAAAUUGGAAAGAGGCUAAAUUAACUUGGAGUUUUUUCAAACAGUCUUUCUUGAAACAGAUUCUGACAGAAGGUGAGAGAUAUGUGAUGACAUUUUUGAAUGUGUUAAAUUUUGGCGAUCAAGGUGUAUAUGAUAUAGUGAAUAAUCUUGGCUCCCUUGUGGCCAGAUUAAUUUUCCAACCAAUAGAGGAGAGUUUUUAUAUAUUCUUUGCUAAGGUGCUGGAGAGAGAAAAGGAGGCUACACUUCAGAAGCAGGAGGACAUUGCUGUGGCGGCAGCGGUUUUGGAGUCCCUGCUUAAGCUGGCCCUGCUAGCUGGCCUGACUAUCACCGUUUUUGGCUUUGCCUAUUCUCAGCUGGCUUUGGAUAUCUAUGGCGGAACCAUGCUUAGCUCAGGAUCAGGUCCUGUUUUGCUACGUUCCUAUUGUCUCUACGUCCUUCUGCUUGCCAUAAAUGGAGUGACAGAGUGUUUCAUGUUUGCUGCCAUGAGCAAAGAGGAGGUUGACAGGUACAAUUUCACGAUGCUAGCCCUGUCAUCUUCAUUCCUGGUGUUAUCCUAUCUCCUAACCCGGUGGUGUGGCAGCGUGGGCUUCAUCUUGGCCAACUGCUUUAACAUGGGCAUUCGGAUCACGCAGAGCCUUUUCUUCAUCCACCGCUACUACCGAAAGAGCCCCCAUAGGCCCCUGGCCGGCCUGUACCUGUCACCGGUCCUCCUGGGGGCAUUUGCCCUCAGUGGUGGGAUAACUAGUAUUUCAGAGGUGUUCCUGUGUUGUGAGCAGGGCUGGCCGGCCAGGCUGGCCCACAUUGCUGUGGGGGCCCUCUGUUUGGGAGUGACUCUUGGGACGGCAUUCUUCACAGAGACCAAACUGAUCCACUUUCUUAGAACUCAGUUAGGUGUGUCCAGACUCACUGAUAAAACGACGUGACCUCAGGGAUGCACUGGGGCCCGUGAUGGCUG